CCUCGAUUUUUCUUGCUUCCUUUUGCUUUGCCGCCAGCCACUCUCCCUAAAACUCCCAAAAUCUCUUGAUUUAUCUCUAAAUCCAUUCAAAGUUUGGAUAGAUCACAACAACACAAGAAGAGAUUUUCGGAGUUGAAGUCUUUAUCAAGAACUGAAGGGGAAGUUUUCGAAGUCGAUUCAAAUGAGGAGUCCUGAUCUUUAAAAGGUAUGAAUCUAGUCUUGAAAGAGGGAAAACGUGUAAAAAGACUAGAUUAGUUUUAGAAUUCCAAUUUCAAAUAGGAUUAGAUUAUUAUCUGUAAUUUUGAGGAUUGAGAUUAGAAUUUAGAAUUAGAAAAGGAUUGGAGCCCUAUCUAUUUCUAUAUAAAAGGGGGGCACCUUCGGCUUUGUAGGGGGAAGUGGAAAAUUUGGGAAAGAUUGAGGGAGAAGGGGAGAAAAUUUGGCAAAGCUCAGAAGGAAUAUUGGAGAGACUGAGAGGGAGAAAGAGAGCAGAGAAGAAGAGGGAGUACAGCAACUUGUAUUCGAUAUUUCAAGGAAUAUAAAGUCUGAUUUUUCUAUAUUUUGCAGGAAUUGAUGGCUUCCUUCCAAUCUCUUCAAGCAACCUUAGUCACAAGGCCACCUUUGACAACAAAUCCCUUGUUUGAAGGAAAUGCUUCUGUGGCAAAUCUCCCUAUCGCCACAUCUACUCUUGGAAAGGAGCCAAUGUCAUCUUGCCCACCAAAUCCAAUUAUUGGUGGAACUUCUAGGACAAAGCCAUUUGAUCUAAAUGCUGGUGUUACUACAGUUCAAUCUAAUGAUCAAGAAGAGACUCAAGUUGUCAAGUCAAUCACAGAGGAUGAAGACAAGUUUAAAUUGCCUGAGUUUGAUAAGUACAAUGGCACUGGUUGUCCUUAUGCCCACUUGACGAUGUAUUGUAGGAAGAUGGCUCCUUAUGCCAAUGAUGAGAAGCUAAUGAUACAUUACUUUCAGGACAGUUUGACAGGUCCUGCAGAUGCUUGGUUCUCAACUUUAGACAAGAGUAAAGUUAAGAGUUGGCAUGAUUUGACUCACAACUUUAUGAAGCAAUAUGAAUACAAUACGUCAUUAGCUCCUAGUAGAGAGGAUCUUCAAAAGACAGAAAAGAAACCAAGUGAGAGCUUUAAGGAAUUUGCACAGAGAUGGCGUGGAUUGGCUGCUCGAGUUCAACCUCCACUAACUGACCAUGAAUUGAGUAAUUUAUUCAUCAAGUCAACCAAAGGGCCUUAUCCUCCAACUUUUCAUUCAACGGCUUUCACAAGUCAAUCAAGGCCCAUUUAUGCCUCUGGGACAAGUCGUCCACAACAAGAGAAAAAGAGACGCUAUUUUGAUAAACUUCCAAUGUCAUAUACUGAAGUGUUUCGACAGUUGAUAGCAGCUAGGCUUGUUACCCCUGUACCUAUGGUGCCAUUAAAUCCACCAUUUCCAAUAUGGUAUAACCCACAAGCAAGAUGUGAAUACCAUAGUGGGGGUGUUGGGCAUGAUCUUGAAAAUUGUCUUGCUUUAAAGCACCGUGUCCAAGAUCUGAUAGAUGCAAAGGAGUUACAAAUUACAUCAGAACCUGAGGUUGUUGGUCCAAAUAUCACUAAAAACCCUUUACCCACACAUGAUGGUCCAACGGUUAAUAUGAUCGAGAAAGAUUCCGAUAAAGGAAGGGGCGAUGACAAGCUUACUCUACCUACUCAUGGUGAAGCUUUAGACAAUAAGACAGUAGAGAUUCUUCUUGUUCCUAUCAUUAAAUCCAAGGAGAUCUAUUGCAAAGAGAUAAUCAAGAGGGAAAACAUAGCAAUGAUCCAUGAAAAGGGAACUAAGAACAGAGUCAUUGACCUAAGUGUAAAAAGGGACAUCUUUUCAAUGAGUUGAGAAAGGGAUGAUAUCACUAUUGUGGAAGAAUUGUUGAGCAAGCUUUUCCUGCCUUUUCAAAGCUUUCUUCAUACCUAAUUCAUUGUUUCAUUUCUCCUUAAUAAAUUUCAAAAAUUCCU